AUGGCCCUGUACAUUACCGGGGCCGUGCUCCCUCCCAUCCAAAGGAACCUGCAUACCGACGGCGAUGAACCAAUCUCUUCAGAGACCGACGGCGAUGAACCAAUCUCUUCAGAGACCGACGGCGAUGAACCAAUCUCUUCAGAGACCGACGGCGAUGAACCAAUCUCUUCAGAGACCGACGGCGAUGAACCAAUCUCUUCAGAGACCGACGGCGAUGAACCAAUCUCUUCAGAGACCGACGGCGAUGAACCAAUCUCUUCAGAGACAGACGGCGAUGAACCAAUCUCUUCAGAGACAGACGGCGAUGAACCAAUCUCUUCAGAGACCGACGGCGAUGAACCAAUCUCUUCAGAGACCGACGGCGAUGAACCAAUCUCUUCCGAGACCGACGGCGAUGAACCAAUCUCUUCCAAGACAGACGGCGAUGAACCAAUCUCUUCAGAGACCGACGGCGAUGAACCAAUCUCUUCAGAGACCGACGGCGAUGAACCAAUCUCUUCAGAGACCGACGGCGAUGAACCAAUCUCUUCAGAGACCGACGGCGAUGAACCAAUCUCUUCAGAGACCGACGGCGAUGAACCAAUCUCUUCAGAGACCGACGGAUGA